AUGUGGCGGUCUUACAAAGCCGAAACUCCGGAUUUCUCCGAUGAAACGCAAGAAGUAGAUCUGAAUGUUCACGGAUCGGAUGGUUCGGAUUCGGAACAAGAAGAACGCAAGUCCCGUUCUGCUUCUGUAACAUCCGCGAGCUCUGUCCCAGAAGCCCCAGUCACCCUUCGUGUACCUACAACCAAAUCCAAUGCCACGUCUCCAACUCCAUCCACCGGAUCCAACAACUUCUUCAUCGCCGGAAUGUUUGACGGAAAGGAACGAUCGAAUCGCGAAGCCCCGCCGAUGCCAUCGACGGAAGGUGUCGAGUAUCCACGUGCUGCAAGCUGGGCGGCUGGUAAUUGCACCAAUGUUCUCAACGAUGACAAAGGGAAACAGCUUUUCCGUGUUUUCUUGUUCCAAUCUCUCGCUGAAGAAAAUCUGGGAUUCCUCGAGGCAAUGGAGCGUCUCAAAAAGAUGAAGAACGGAGACGAGAAGGUUCAAUUUGCCAAGGAUACCUUGAACACCUACCAAGGAUCCAUCAACUUGUCUUCUGGAUCCAUGAAGGCGUUGCGCAACGCUAUCAACACCGAAACUCUCGAUCCGGAAGAAAUGGGACCGGCAAUCAAAGAGGUCAAAAGACUUUUGGAGAACGAUCAGUUCCCACGUUUCCGUCGUUCGGAACUUUAUCUUCAAUACUUGGAGGAACUUCUUCCACGCUCCUAUGCUGAGAAGUGGGCUCAAAGCUUCGAGGGUCUCCUCAACAAUCAUGUCGGACGCCAUCAUUUCCGUCUCUUCUUGCGUUCAAUUCACGCGGAAGAGAAUCUCCGCUUCUGGGAAGCUGUUGUCGAGUUUCGAUCAACUCGCCACAAGGCCAGCGCCAUGAACAAUCUCGGACGUGUUAUCCUUAACACUUACUUGGCUGAAGGAACUGCCAACGAGGUGUUCCUUCCAUUCGGAGUGCGUCAAGUGAUCGAACGUCGCAUCCAGGACAACAACAUCGAUAUCACUCUCUUCGAUGAGGCCAUCAAACACGUCGAGCAGGUCCUCCGUAACGAUCCAUACGUUCGCUUCUUGCAGAGCGCCCAAUACAACACACUUUUGGGCAAACUU